AAAUCGAGAGAGGCUUAAAUGUAAAAAACAUUCAAGUUCCCAACAACUUCAGCGCUCAUCUAUCUAUCCGCACGGCUUUCUUCAUUUAGAAAUCCUCCGCCGAAUCGGAUCGAACAAACGUGUUUCUCUCCUAUUCCUCUUUCUUCAGGUCUUAAAGCAAAGCAGAUGGGUAAGUAUGAGGUGAUGAAACGGGCAAGCGAGGUUGAUGUUUCUACUGUCAAAUAUAAAGCUCAAGAGAUCAAAGCCCCUCAUUUGACUGGCUUUUCGUUCAAGUUGUUCGUUAAUAUGCUUGAAGCACCUCUUAUUGGCCCAUUGUUUGUUGAUCAUUUGAAGAAAGACAAUGGCAUGACAAAGAUUUUUCGCAACACAGUUAUACCAGAAGAGCCCAUGUUUAGACCGGAGUUCCCAUCUCAAGAACCGGAGCAUGAUGUUGUCAUUGUUGGCGAAGAUGGAAGUCCUAUAGAGAGAUUGGAAACAGCAUUAAAGUGUCUUCCUCAAUAUGAUCCUUCUCGUAGCUUGAAUGCUGAUCCAGUGUCAUCCUUCCGGUACUGGAAGAUUCGUGAUUAUGCAUAUGCUUAUAGAUCUAAGCUGACAACUCCUUUGCAGGUAGCAAAAAGAAUAAUCUCAAUCAUAGAGGAGUUUAGCUAUGACAAGCCUCCAACACCAUUUUUGAUUAGCUUUGAUGCCAAUGAAGUCAUUAAGCAGGCUGAAGCUUCUACACAGAGGUUUGAAGAAGGAAAUCCAAUAUCUGUUUUGGAUGGAAUUUUUGUGACAAUCAAGGACGAUAUUGAUUGUUUACCCCAUCCAACAAAUGGUGGAACAACAUGGCUGCAUGAGGAUCGUUCUGUGGAGAAGGAUUCAGCAGUUGUUUCAAAACUGCGCUCUUGUGGUGCAAUCUUACUUGGCAAGGCAAAUAUGCAUGAGUUAGGCAUGGGAACCACGGGGAACAAUUCAAAUUACGGAACCACAAGAAACCCACAUGAUCCUAAAAGGUACACUGGGGGAUCUUCCUCAGGUUCAGCAGCUAUUGUAGCCUCUGGACUAUGUUCAGCUGCUCUUGGAACAGAUGGUGGAGGUUCUGUUCGGGUACCUGCAGCACUUUGUGGUAUAACGGGACUGAAGACAACAUAUGGUCGGACAGAUAUGACUGGGUCAUUAUGUGAAGGUGGAACAGUGGAAAUCAUUGGUCCCCUUGCUUCAUCUUUGGAAGAUGCCUUCAUAGUGUAUGCUGCAAUCUUGGGUUCUUCAUCUGCGGAUAGAAUCAAUUUGAGACCGACCCCUCCCUGUUUCCCAAAGUUAUUGUCUUACAACGGAAGUAACGCAAUCGGAUCUCUACGACUAGGGAAAUAUACAGCGUGGUUUAAUGAUGUUAAUUCAAGUGACAUCUCUGAUAAAUGUGAAGAUAUUCUUAAGCUCCUAUCAAACAAUCAUGGUUGCAAAGUGGUGGAGAUAGUGGUUCCUGAGCUAGAAGAGAUGCGUGCAGCCCAUGUUAUAUCGAUUGGGUCUGCAACACUGGCUUCUCUUACUCCUUACUGUGAGGCUGGGAAAAAUUCAAAACUAACUUAUGACACUCGUACCAGCUUUGCGAUUUUCCGUUCGUUUUCUGCUUCAGACUAUAUUGCUGCUCAAUGUCUUAGGCGAAGAUUGAUGGAGUUUCACAUGAAUAUCUUCAAAGACGUUGAUGUCAUUGUGACUCCUGCAACUGGUAUGACAGCUCCAGUGAUACGCCCUGAUGCUCUAAAAAAUGGAGAAACCAAUAUUCAAGUGACAACUAAUAUAAUGCGCUUCGCUUUAGCUGCAAAUCUCCUGGGAUUCCCAGCCAUAUCUGUCCCGGUUGGUUAUGAUAAGGAAGGACUUCCGAUAGGAUUACAAAUAAUGGGAAGACCUUGGGCUGAAGCUACCGUACUUGGUUUAGCUGCUGCAGUUGAGGAACUGGCACCACUUACCAAGAAACCUGCUGUCUUUCACGAUAUACUCAAUACAAACUGAAUUUAUAAGGAUCUUCCAGAGAACUAAAAAGGCAAGGUUUUUCUCUGGCUGGUGGAAUUUUAUCGAUGUUUGCAUUAUACAAGUUAACAUGUCAAUUGAUCUGACGAAUCAACGAUUAUUGUGCUAUAAACCAUGUUGGAAUUUCCUACAUUAACUAUGAUAAUUAAAUUUGUGAAUUGGGUGUGUUCAAGUUUAUAUCUGCGUUUGUACUA